AUGAUGCGGAAGGUCUACCUGGUGGGUGGCCACAUCACGCCCUUCUUGGGGAAGGGCAACCCCAACUUUCAGAAGGGACUCAAGGGCCUCCAAGAGUACAUGGCGGAGUCCGUCCAGGGCGCCUUCCAAAAGACAGGGGUCAAGCCCGAGAGCGUGGACCGCGUCUAUGUGGCAAACUUUGCGGGCGAGUUAUUCAACAGCCAGGGCCACUUGGGUGCCGCGAUCGCGGCGGCCAACCCCGCGCUGCUUUACAAGCCUUCCAUGCGGGUGGAGGCGGCGUGCGCCUCCGGCGGGAUGGCCUGCGCAGAGGCCUUUCGCGCCAUCCGAGCGGGGGACGACUGCGUGAUGGCGGUGGGCGUGGAGGUCCAGACCGAGGCGGACGCACGCACAGGCGGCACCUACCUGGCCCGGGCGGCAGAUUUCAAGCGCCAGGCGGGCAUCGACGACUUCACCUUCCCGGCGCUCUUCGCGCGACGCGCGAAGGCGUAUCUCCAGAAGUACCCGGAGGUGAAGUUAGAGGACAUUGCGCGAGUGGCCGUGAAGGCCUAUGCCAAUGGGAACAAGAACUCUCUAGCGCACAUGCAUUCAGUGGAACUGCCAGAGGAGAAGGCCGUGAAGGGCAAGGAGUUCCUGAAGAACGAGGAGUUCAAAGCCUGGCUGCAGCACACCCACUGCAGCCAGGUCUCCGACGGCGGCGCCGCGGCCAUCUUCGUGUCCGAGGAGGGUCUGCAAAAGUUCGGCAUCGCUCCGAAUUCUGCUGUGGAAGUGGUCGCGUCGGACUAUGGCGUGGGUGACCUGUGGUCCGAUCCUUCGGACCUCGCCGAGAUGGACACCACCAAGACGGUGGUGAGGCGACUUCUGGCGGCCAACAAGGUGCAGCCCAGCGACCUGGAGGUGGCGGAGGUCCAUGACUGCUUCGCCGUGGCAGAGGUCCUUAUGUACGAGGCCAUCGGCCUGGCGGCGCCGGGCAAGGGCACCGAGCUGCUGAAGAGCGGCGCCACGGAGAUCACGGGGAAGAUCCCCGUGAACACCGGGGGCGGCCUCAUCUCCUUUGGCCACCCGGUGGGCGCCACCGGUGUGAAGCAAGUCCUUGAGAUCUACAGGCAGAUGAAGGGGCAAUGCGGGGAGUACCAGAUGCCCAAGCUGCCGGGCCUCGGCCUGGCCGUGAACAUGGGCGGGGACGACCGCAGCUCCGCGGCCAUGCUCCUGAAAAACCACGCCGCCAGCAAGCUCUGA